UCAGUAGGAUUUACGCCUCAAUUUGAAUCUCGGCCCGCCAAAACAACCAUUAGCCAGCGCGAUAUGAUGGUGCGAUAACAUAACUGAAAUCCCGUUAACUCGUUUCGGUCAGCACAGUAGCAGCUCGACCGUACAGCGAACGAUAAGAGCUUCGAGUGGACGUUAUCAUAUAUAAAAAAGCACUACCUUUGGUGACUGUCUAUCAUUCAUUCAUGAACCAUUGACGUUGUGUAGAUAAUAUAUUACCGCGUGGCGUGAUUUUUUUAGUUGAUAUUCAUAAAAACAGUAAAAACCCUUCCGAUAGCUAUUGAUAGCCCUCAUAAAGAUCGGUCGGAUCAACAUGAAAGCAUCGAAUGUCUUAUCGUUACUAGUGGCGACACUAGUGGCGGUUAACUUCGCACUGGCCGUUCGAGAGGACCCUCUUCAAAUUUUCCCGCAGCUGAAGCGAUCUAGGAAAACCAUCUCCGGCUUCGCGGACAUCCUCGUAACGGCCCAAAGCGAAGUUUUACUCUCGGAGGAAAGCUUCGUAAAAAAUUCCAUCAGCGACGAAUCGGCUCUGCUGAAUCAACUGGCUGGCAGUGAUGUACAAGCAAGUGGUCCAGAAUGUCUGGAUUUUAUUAGAAAAAGUGUUACCCAGCUCCUGAAUCUGGCCGGCAUUUCCUACACCAACUGUUUCAAUGACGUUGACAAUCGAAUGUUCGAAGAGCUCUCGAAAAUCCCCGAGCUAGCAUUGACUCGCGCCGAUUACGACAAAUACAAUCUGCUGGGAGUUUUCCGGGGAGAAAACAUUUUCAUUGAUCCGGUUUCGAUUCGGAACAAACUGACCAACAGGAUGCGAGCUCCUAUAAACCUACCGACAGUUACGCCCGAAACGGAAGCUGCUUUGCGUACCGUGUUUGAAAAAUUAAAAACCAAUUUUCACACCUGCAUGAGCUCUGCCCAAACAAAGCUAGCCAGUAAUCUUCAAUAUACUUCCCAGCAGGUAAGGGCAAUUUGCGCGGCAGAGGCUUCCAAACGUAUUUGAAUUCUGCUCUCUGCUCGGCAACAUAUUGACGAAAUAAUCGGCUGGUUUGCAGAACGGGAUCGAUUGAAUAAAUUAUUCGCUGAUGUUCAAAAA